AUGUUCGUCAUGCCGCGAACGCUCAUCAUCUGCGUCCGGGCCUUCCAGGGCAUCACGGCCGCUGCCAGCAUCGCCUUGACAGCAUACGUCGUUAAUUGGCAUCUCCGAGGGCGUCAUCUCUCCACGCCGCCUUCCAUCAACUUUCUUCUAUUCUGUCCAAUCUUUACACUCGCCUCCGUCUUCUACAUCGAGCUCAUGCAGCGCUUCGCACCCAAAGCUACACGCCCUAUAUUAUCGUUGGGCAUCGAAGCCAUUAACUGUAUAAUCUACUUUUCAGGCUUUAUCGCCGUGGCUAUAUGCCUUGGUGACCUGGCUUUCUGCAACGGCUCAGUCUGCAUGGCUGGCCGUGGCGCUGCGGUUCUAGCGGCAGUUCAGUUCAGCCUGUGGAUGUUCUCCGCCAUCCUUGCUGCAAAGGAGAUCUUCCAGGGCGGUGGAAGACAGAUUAAGCUGCCGGGCAGGGGACGUGGCACCAGAGACGUGGAGCUCUGA